GACAUUGUUAAUUCAAAGAUUGGAAUGCAAAGACCGCAAAUUGGUCAAAGCAUCAGUCAGCAAGGAUUUUUUUCAUCACGUGAUAGCUUGUCAGUACCAUGCGUAUCACAUCCGUUACACUCCUAUUCAGCAACAACGUCUGAUAUGGAUUUAUCGCGUAAGAAUGAGAGCAAAAGUAGUAGUAAACUGAAACCAGGCGAACAGCCAUUACUCGGUUCAUGGAAUCCGUCAACAGCACCGCGUGAAUCGCUUGCUCAUCCCACUGCCACAUCAGCAUCGACCAAUCAUUUAACUAGCAAUAAUGGAAAUGGUGUCAAUAGUAGUAAUAAUGCAGAUAGACAAAUACGUCGCUCAGUAUGUGCCACAACAACAUCACAUCGAAAGUCUUCACCAAAAUGGACAUUUGUGUUCGAUCCCGCGGGACGUCUUUGCUAUUACUGGUCAAUGGUUGUGUCAUUAGCAUUUUUAUAUAACUUUUGGGUCAUCAUCUUCCGAUUUGCAUUUCAAGAGAUUAGCGGAGAAACACUUUUAAUGUGGUUUUGUCUCGACUACUUUUCCGACUUUUUAUAUCUACUCGACAUUCUCUUUCACUUUCGUACGGGAUAUCUUGAGGAUGGCGUACUUCAAACGGAUUCGACGAAAAUGCGACAACAUUAUAUGAAUUCGACGACCUUUUACAUCGACUGCCUGUGCUUGUUACCAUUAGAUUUUUUAUAUUUGAGCAUCGGUUUUAAUUCAAUAUUAAGGUCGUUUCGAUUAGUCAAAAUUUAUCGAUUUUGGGCGUUCAUGGAUCGUACGGAACGUCACACAAAUUAUCCAAAUCUUUUUCGUUCAACAUCGCUCAUACACUAUUUACUAGUGAUAUUCCAUUGGAAUGGAUGCUUGUAUCAUAUAAUUAAUAAGAAUAAUGGAUUCGGUUCCAAGAAUUGGGUCUUUAGCGAUUCAGAAUCGGUGGAUGUUGUGAAACAGUAUCUACAAAGUUAUUACUGGUGUACGCUUGCUUUAACGACAAUUGGUGAUUUACCGAGACCACGAUCAAAAGCCGAAUAUGUUUACGUGAUAUGUCAAUUAUUGUUUGGAUUGAUGCUUUUUGCCACCGUUCUUGGGCAUGUUGCUAAUAUUGUGACUUCUGUUAGUGCUGCUCGCAAAGAGUUUCAGGCAAAACUCGACGGCGUGAAAACGUACAUGCGAAUGCGUCGUGUUCCAAAUCAUUUGCAAGUGAAAGUCAUCAAAUGGUUUGAUUAUUUAUGGCUCACCCAAAAAUGUUCCGAUGAAGAGAGAGCAGUCUCUUGUCUUCCUGAUAAACUUAAGGCUGAAAUAGCUAUAAAUGUUCAUUUAGAUACACUCAAACGAGUGGAAAUUUUUCAAAAUACCGAAGCUGGUUUCUUAUGCGAACUUGUGCUGAGGUUACGACCGGUGCUCUUUUCACCCGGUGACUAUAUAUGUCGGAAGGGUGAAGUGGGUAAGGAGAUGUACAUAGUAAAUCGAGGACGUUUACAAGUGGUUGGUGAUAAUGGUAAAACCGUCAUGGCAUCACUUAAAGCUGGCUCGUAUUUCGGCGAAAUUAGUAUACUGAAUAUGGGAACAGCAGGUAAAGCUCUUGGCAAUCGUCGCACCGCAAGUGUUCGUUCAGUAGGUUACAGUGACCUAUUCGUAUUGAGCAAGAAGGACAUGUGGGAUGUAUUAAAAGAAUAUCCAGCAGCACGAGUGCGACUCGAAGCAAUUGCUGUGAAGCGAUUAGAAAAAUAUAAGAAGGCACCGCUUGAGAAAGUUGCUAUGGGUCGCUGCUCAUCGACUCCAGGUCUCGUUGAAUCAAAGGAUCGUACGACUGUUGAGGAAAUGUGGAUAUCACCGCAACCGCUUCCUUCUGUGGCACCAUCAUAUGUUACACAACAAACUAAUUUACAUUAUAGUCCGAAAUCACAUCGACGUGAAAGCAAUGCGAAUACGGAGAGGACGAGAAUAACUGAUUCACCGGGCUCUAUGAGUCCAUCUGUACAUAGUUCCGAAGAACGUCCAAGAAGUAGAAUUACGUCACAUUCAUCACGCCUUCAUUCGCAGCCAUGUCGAAAUGUUGGUUCACUGACACAUCUGGAAUCAGGUGCAACACCACUGCUUGGUUCACACGAAGCUUUAGAAGACGAGAUAAAGCGAUUACGUUCGCGUCUUCAUACGGUAGAGUCAGAAAAUAUAUCAUUAAGUACGAAACUCACACAGCAGCAAUGGGAAGUUGAGCAUCGAUUAGCGGAAAUUGAAAUGCAAAUUUGCGGUGCAUCAUCGCGCGGAUCUGUAUCGAGUCAGGACAAUGAGCAAGAGGACACGGAACGUAAUCGUGAAAGUAUCAUAUAACACUCUGGAGACCAGCACCAUAUGUCUGUCAACAGUAAACAUUUAGCCGCCUUAGUUUAUGUACGAUGUAUGACAUAAGAUGAAAAAUAUUUAAAACAAAUGGAAAAAUUCUCUCUUUCUAUCUCUCUCUCUCCCAACUGUAUCUGAAACACAACAUUCCACGACACUUAAUUCUGCAAAAAAUAGACACACGCUUGGAUUCGAACGAAAAAAAGAACUUUUUCACAUUCCGCGGGUACAACUCAAAUAUACAUUUUUUAGACACACACACACACUCACAGAUAAAUAAAAAGAUACACAAAAAGAUUGUAAAUUAAAAAUGAUGAAAAAAAAUUGUUGAAUAACUAAGAAAUUAGAAACGAAUUAAACCCCAUAAAAAAAUGGAUGUAAGGAAAAUAAUGUAUGAGAAAAUGUGAAGGAAUAAGUUUUAAUUAAGAAAGAAAUUUCAAUUAUAUUCGAAAGACAAAAAAAAAAUUAUUAUGAGUUGUUGAGAAAGUUAAGAAUUGUGUCAGUGACUUGAGUGCAUUUUUUAGGGGGUUUGGUGCUUUAUUUGCACGACUAACUAGACUUCAGAGAAAGAAAGCUGUAUCUUAUGCUAUUUCUCAGGACUAUCAGCAAUAAAUGAAGAAUUUUAAGAAUUUGUUGAGUAUGGAUGAACCAAGGGAUGGUUCAAGGAUGGUCCAAUGUGAACUUAUGAAGCUAAAGAUGGGAUCAAAUGAGUUGAAAAGGGUUCGAAUGAGGUUCAAGGGGCUCAACAAAGUUCCAAUCGGCUAAAGUGGGCAAAUCGAGGUUCAAUGGGAUUAUUGGGGUUAAAUGAAGGUUAAGUGACGUUCAUAUGAAUUAAAGAGUGUCAGAGGUUAUCCUAAAAGAUGCAAUAUAAUCAAUGAGGUUCAUAGCACUUUAAAAACGGUUUAAUGGUGAUUAUAUGAGUUUAAGGUUAUCCAAAAAGCUCUAAAAGAGUCAAAUGCAUUCUUGAGAUUUUUGGAAAAAAUGCAUUCUUGAGAUUGAAAUUGGAAAUUAUAAUAUUUUAAAUUAUCUUCUAAAAAUGCAAAAUACUUGAGAAUAUAAAAGGGUUGUCUAGAGACUUAGAACACCCUGGAAAGCAAAUAGUUUAAUCAAUCAUAAAUCCGAAACCAAGCUAGCAUGACUCUGGCGUUGAGUCGGAUUUAAAUAGAAUCCAGCUCCAUUCCAAAACCACGGGGACUUAGCGUCAGAUUUCUGAUCGAUUAACCGACUUGUGCUUUUUGGAACCCUUUGUUCGAAAAUGAAUGUCUAAAUGAGCCCCUAAAGCAAAAGCUAAUUUGUCAUUUCUUUGAGUCAUUAUUGUGUUCCUAAAUUAAUUUGAUACUAUCUGUAAAUUUUAAGGAUAUAAAGCAUCCAAAUGAAUACUGCAAAAAAAAAAGAAUCUAAAGUUUUGUUAUCUCUUAAUUAGAUCUCUUCACUUGUAUAAAAAAUCCCAAUCUGUUGACAAUUCCAACACAUUUCCUUCAACCAUCAACUUUGCAACCAAUGCAAAGCAAAACUUGUGUUCAUUAAAAAUAAAAUGAGCCAAAAAACCACAUUUUUGAAUUAAAAAACUUUUGUUUAAAACAAGUGCAGAAAAAAAUUACAAUAUUUGUUUUGGAAGAGAAAUGACAAAAAGUGAAAAAUUUCUAUUAAGGCAUUGAGUUGUGUGCUUUAAAUCUGCUUGCAAUACUUUAGGAUUUUUAAUUAAAAAAGCUAUGUGAAAAAAAUGAAUAUUAAUUAAGGAUGACUUAGUAAUAAUAUUUUGGGAAGUUUUAUGAAGGCUUUUGCGGGAAAGGAAAUGAAAAAGAAAAUUGAGGAAAAAGUCAAUAAUAUUGAAAUUUUUUACCCUCGAUUAAUUUCUAAAUUUAUUUGAGUUUCUUUUCGUGUUAAUUUCAAGUAUUGGGCAAAAUUAUGCGCUUUAAAGUUUUUUAAAAAAUUAUUUAAAAAUCA